UGUGAGCCCAGACAAACCCUAACUCCCAACGAGGUGAAAUCGGAAUCAAUCGAGCCAAACCAAAUCUCAGAUUCGCAAAUUAUCAGCGAAGCAUGGCUGUAAUGUCGAGGCACAUCGGAGGGCCGCCGCCGGCCGCCGUGGCUGAAACGGGCAACCGCCCGGCGGAGUCGCCCCAGCACGAUACCGUCGGCAAGAAAGCUGACGGCGGCGAGGUCGACAACUUGUCCCCCGUGGAGGACAUCCAGGAAGAGAUCGACGGAUUAGAAUCGUCGACGGUCGAAAUGGAACAAGGCUCCGCUCAGAAAUCGCUCUCUAUCGAGGUGGACCAGGCUGCGGCAGGUACGGACAAGGAGGAGACCACCGCAGAGGUGGCCGAAGCCGCCGCCGCCGGAGUCGGCUCUCGUAGCAAGAACUUCGACCCGCUGGAGGGAAUGAUUGCGGAUAAGUCUGAGUGCAGCGGAGAGGAACUGCCCGGCGCCGCCACGGAAGCUACAGCCAGCAGAGCGCGCGGGCAGGGAUUGACUCUGGCUGACAAGACUGCCUGCGGCACUUCGGCGGGAUCAGCGAGCGACGCCAAGCGCAUCGAAGCGCCGGCCAAGCUCGAGGCGAAUCCUCUCAUCACCCUAGUAAUUGCCGAAACGGGUUCCGAAAGCACUGAAUCACUGAAAGGGGUUGACAAUGCAGACUUCUUCAUACAAAUCGACACAGACUCUCACCGCAUGGGGCUGGCAGCCAUGGUGGAAACAGAGAAUGGAGCUUCUUUGUCCACCAAGUCUCAGCCGAGGGUUGAACAGCCGCCCCUGCCUGUCCCUAUAGUCUCGCACCACCGUGGCACUGCCCAGGAGCUGAUGAAAGUUACCAGUAGAGUGGAUGCAGAACGUAAGUUGAAAGAGAUCGAACUGUCGAACAUUCAGAAGCACACAAAUGACCGUGACAUUGGCAGAGGUCGUCAGGACACAGGCACCAGCAACAGAACUCAUUUCUCACACAGCUCUUCUGGGGAGUGCUCAGCUCAACUUCUGGAUCAUUUAGGGACAUAAUUGAUGAAGAGGAGAGGGAAGAGAUUGAGCCCCAUGAGUUACAAAUUCAGACGAGUGAAAUAAGUGAGGAGUUUUCCCGUCUGGGUAAUGAGGUGGUGGCUGUAUUGGAGAACAUCAAGCAAAACAAAGACGGUGUCGCUUUAAGAGCUGCCGCCGAACUUAUUGCUAAGGUUUGAGAGUCAUUUUCCCCGCGGGCACGCCAGCAAAUGCUCAUGGAUCCAUGACUGUCUCAGAUGCUUGAGUACAGAGAGAAGCCUGGGAAUCUGAUGAGGAAAGAAUGGGAAGAGCAGAAGAUAAGAAGGAUUAAAUAUAUGCUGCAAGCUUCAUUCGAAGGACGCGCCAGCAGGAGAAAGUGGAAAAUGUGGCGUAGUUUUGGAGUGACCACCGCCGUGUCAGGGGUAACUGCCGUAUUGCUCUACCUGCUCUCGCUCUUCCUUAACAAAGAGAAAGGGUCAGAAGAAACGCCUUUGUGCAGGGCAAUGGAGGCCGAGCCCCCUGCCCCUCCGGAGGCCGGGAGGAGAAGUGAAUGGAUAGCUUGGGCAUUGAAAAAGGUCCUGGCUCCAGUGAUUCUUGUUAGUGUACUGUCCAUGGUACGAAAGCUUGUGAUUGAGAAGGAACUUGAUAUCAUGGACUAUGAGAACAAUGCCGCUGCCAACUUUUGGAUCAAUUCUUUGUCAAAGGCGGUGUUUUUCGCCGUCAAGGAGUGCCCCAAGCUGCUAAGGCGUGAGCUGUGGGCCCGAAUUCUCGUCUUUGCAAUUGAGCUCGCUGGGUCACUGUACCUGUGGUGGAAUCGGGGGUACUACGAACCCGACGUGCCCGAUGCAUAAGUGGUAAUGAAACACUAGGAUAUCUGUUUGUUUACUGCUUACAUAUGUGGUAUGUGUAGGCAAGAUAACCUUUUGCGUGAGCAGAAACGGUGAUGAAGUUACAUAGUAUGUGGUAUAUAAUUCUUCAAUCUGUUACACUGUCUUGCAAAGCACAUCUAUUUUUGUUGAUCUAAUCACCACAU